AUGAUAAUAAUUCAUCAUAUCAUUCGGCCUACACGUCCAUUGGUUAGGACUUUCGCUAAAUCAACCUUUCAGUUAAUAACACAUUCACUUUUUCCAAGACAGGCCAUCUUUAGGAACGUUCUCUUAAGAAGCUAUACAGUGGAUAGUGAGAAACCAAAACAUGCAUUCGAUAUUUCAAAACUGACAAGAAGUGAAAUUCAGCAACUGCGAGAGUUGAAAAGGACAAGGGAGAGAAAAUAUAAAGAUCGAACAGUUGCAUUUUAUUUUAGCAGCGUGGCGAUACUUUUCUUGGGUUUGGCAUAUGCGGCAGUACCCUUGUAUAGGGCCAUUUGUGCACGUACUGGUUUUGGUGGAAUUCCCAUAACAGAUAGAAGAAAAUUUACCGAUGAUAAAUUGAUUCCUGUGGAUACUGAAAAAAGAAUUCGAAUCUCAUUCACCAGUGAGGUGUCACAAAUCUUGCCGUGGAAAUUCGUUCCUCAACAACGUGAGGUAUACGUUUUACCUGGCGAAACAGCUUUAGCCUUCUACAAAGCCAAAAAUAACAGCGACAAAGAUAUCAUUGGCAUGGCUACUUACAGCAUAGCGCCUGGUGAAGCAGCUCAGUACUUCAACAAAAUUCAGUGUUUUUGUUUCGAAGAGCAAAAAUUAGCUGCUGGCGAAGAAAUAGACAUGCCUGUUUUCUUCUUUAUCGAUCCUGAUUUCGCCAGUGAUCCAGCUAUGCGGAAUAUUGAUGACAUAAUAUUGCAUUAUACUUUCUUCAGAGCACAUUAUGGUGACGGUACAGCCGUAAGUGACUCUAAAAAGGAACUUGAGAUGGAUCCAGACGAAAAGGCAGCAUCACUGGCUAAUGCUGCUAUAUUAUCCCCAGAAGUCGUAGAUACAAGGAAAGAUAACCCAAAGUAA